UCGCCGCAACCUGCAUACUUCCCGAGGUUUGGUCGUGUGUUCUCUUCCUCAAUCCUCAAUUUCCCAUUCACGUUUCUUACUAUACUUUUUAUUCACUGCCAGCGUUGUCGCACACAUAUGUUUGAUUAAACGACAUUUCCUACGAGAAGAGAAAUAGACGACAUUCUUCACUCAGAACAAACCCUCUCUCUUAUCGCCCGUCGCUUCCAUUGAUCUCCUUCGCAACUCUACGCUCUUUCACCUACCUUUUCUAUCUUAUCGAUGGCCACCAAGGCAGCACACAAGCGGCUACUUCGGGAGUAUGAAGCUAUCAAAAAGUCGCCCCCACCGAUGAUCACCGCGCACCCAUCUGAAUCAAACAUUCUCGAAUGGCACGCAUUACUUGAAGGUGCCCCGAACACGCCGUAUGCAAACGGUCAAUAUUGGGCAACCUUAACAUUUCCACCUGACUACCCAUUUGCGCCGCCUGCUAUCCGAAUGCACACACCCAGUGGUCGAUUUCAGCCAUCCACCCGACUCUGUUUGAGCAUAAGCGAUUUCCACCCAAAAUCCUUCAAUCCCGCAUGGUCGGUAUCCACAAUCCUCAUUGGCCUCAUGUCAUUCAUGAACAGCGAGGAGAUGACAGCUGGUAGUGUCGGCGGAACUGAGGCAGAAAGGAAAUGGCAUGCAGCCAGGUCAAGAUGGUGGAACUCAACAGGCGGCGGGUCAGCUACGAAGCCUGUCCCAGGUGUGCACGCUACAACGAAGGGCCUCGGCAAUAUCAAAGCAGGAGAUGGCGGUGUCAAGUUUAGAGCAGAAUUUCCAGAUGAGGACAAGGAGAAUUGGGAGUGGAUAGCAGAACAUCGGAUUGAUCCAGCCACUGGCCGAAUACUGCCUGAUCCUGAGGGCGAAACCAUCAACUGUUCACCGGAGACCAAAGCGCUGCGGCGGAUAUUGGGAGGCAGCACGGGAGUUGGUGCAGUCGUCCAAGGAGGGCAAGCGGCACGAGAUGCUGGCCAAGGCUGGAUCUGGCGGAACAAGGUCUGGCUACUAGGCAGCUGCUUGAUUGUAUAUGUCAUGCUCUCAAGGGUCCUGACUGCAGGAGCGGAUUGACCUUCAUGAUUCAUGUUUGCAGAACAAUUCAGAACCAUGCAGGGAAAAUGAAUCUUUGGUGGAGAGCAAGGCGUCUGGCGCGUGAGGGUGGGGGAAAUUUCAUGCAUGAAAAGGCCUGAAGGCCUAUCAAUAGCGCCUAAGAGGUGAAAGAUCUGCCGGGGUCGGCGGGUCAUGGCUAUGGUUCCAUCUGGACUUCGAAUUCGGCAAGCAGAUAGGUGCUUCUUCGGAGAGACUGCUUGGUUGGGAAUAUGCGGCGGAGUCUUGCUUGCAGACA